GGCUCUUACAUAACAAACAACUAUAAAUCUACAUACAGUCGAAAUAUUCUUUCGAGUCAACACAUUUUCUCAACGCCAUCAAAACAAUUGCCGAAGAUUUUAAUUUUCGUGACUCAGUUGUGUGACGCAUAACUAAAUUGGUGAAACUUCGAAAAUAGUAUCGCAGAAAUUGAGACAAAACUUGCAACUUGAGUUUGAGCAGGAAUCGUCAAUUAAACAGGAUCCUCAAUAAGCAGGUGUUCAUGGGUUUACCCGAAAUGGCUCGAUAUCUAGAAGUUCCGCCAUCUCACUACAGAACAGAAUCCUCACCAACUCCAUCAACAAAGUCAACAUCUUCAGCGUCCACUUUUAAGCUCCAUUCACUUCAAGAGUUAAACAUGGAGGAGGAGUUCACCAUCCUGAAAAUUUUAUCUGAAGGCUGCUUCUCCAAAAUAAUCCUUGUCCGACCAAACGCCCAACGGGAACGUCUCGUCCUUAAAGCAAUUCAUUGUGAGGCCACGAGUGCCGAUGAAUUUGGUCGUGAACUCAACUACAACUACUUUCUUAGCCCGCAUCCAUCCAUCCUCACGUCGUACAAUGUAGCCUUCUUGUGGGACAAUGCAUUCGUAUACGCUGCAGAAUUUGCGCCAUUUGGAGAUUUGUCACGUCACCUACGGAAAGAUGGACUUGGAGAUGAAGAACGUGUCAAAAGUGUUGCGAGCCAGCUAGUUUCUGCAGUGGAAUUUAUUCACAGCUUUCACCUGGUUCACAGAGACAUUAGGAUGGAAAACGUGCUCGUUUUUAGGAAGGACUUGAGUCUAGUCAAACUUUGUGAUUUUGGACACACUCUGCCCACUGGAAGCUUAAUUGUAAAAAACAAAUCUGAACUUGGGGCAUGCACCUGUUAUGGAGCUAGUUGUCCUCCAGAGGUUUCUGAAAUCGUGGUUCAAGAGCGGUACUACACGAGCUCGGCGGAAGAUGUCUGGUCACUGGGCAUCCUGAUCAUCACCUGUCUCACGGGAGAUGCUCCCUGGACCUCGGCUGAGAUUUGCGACCCUUCAUACUCUGCAUGGCUGGACUGGCUCAAGAGGAAAAACAUGAAGCUAAUGGAACCCUUUCCCAGUUUCACAGCUCGAUUCCUUCGCCUUCUUAAAAGGAUCCUGGAACCAAAAGCAGGAAAGAGGAGCAAGGUGGGAGAGAUUUCCAAGUACUUGGGCGACGAGUGGAUGCUGGCCAAGGGCGUUGCAGGGGCGGUGGGACGCAGAGUCAGCACUGCGGUGGGACUGGAGAGAGUCGAGUCAAAUGUCACCUCAAAAAGUGGUGGACUUCGGAGGCCCAGCAGGUACGGGGCAUUGGGCAAAAAGAGGUCAACAAGGUCGCUUAAGCUUGACAAUGAAUUGGAGACUGCAGAAGAACCAGUGGCCGAAAGAGUCGGUCGGUGGGUUGUUCAAACCACUAUUAAUACUCCUACGUAAUAGCAUUAGAGCUCAUUUAACAGAUAAUUAAUUAAUUGGAAGCAGAACUAGAGGCGGCAAUAUCAACGACUCAAGGCGUGUAUACACAUGUAUAUGCAGACCAAGUGAAAGCACAACAUUGUUUUCCACCAGAGCGCCAGACUGUCUGCUUAAUUCCAGAAUGAUCUUGUUUUUUUAUACUUUUCUUCUUCUCUCACUUGUCAAAUGUAUUUAUAGUCACGUCGAGCAGUUGAGUUUAUAAUUAAUUGAGGUUUACGCCAUCCACACCCACGCGCUCUACAUAUGUCGCCCACUUAAACACAGAAGUAUACACAUGUAAACUUUCCUUUAUAACUCAGUUGGUCGUUCGCUUGCAAUAUUGCUAUUUUCGACUGUAUGGUUUCAGACUUGGGCUUUAAAUAACAAAAGGGCCAAUGUUUACGAAUAUAUGCAAGAGUUUAUUAUGUUUAAGCAGUGUAGUUAGUAAUGAGGUCAAAGGGCGGAGUAAAACUCUGCAGAUUUUGGUAGCUAAUACAUAUGUAUGUGUAUAGUGAGUUUGCUCUGCUGGACUUAUUUUUAGAUAUUGGCGAUAUUUUUGGAACCAACUUUGCCCAAGCUGUCACUCACUCGGUAUAAUUACUUUUGCUUUGUAACCAGUGCUGUGCUGUAUGUAAACUAUUUUAACUUAUUUCUGUUAAGUAAGAAUUAUUUUGACGGGGUCUUCAAAUUUGUAUGUCGAUCAACACUAGAGUAAAUUUAAUCAUAAGCUUUGAAAUAAAGAGUUUUAUACAGAGUAACAGUCA